AUGUCCAGUCACGAGGAGGAUGAACACGAGCACGAGCACGGGCACGACGGGCACGAUGGGCAUGACGGACACGGCGACGAUGUCGAGGAGCAGGAGAUUCAUGUCGAUGUCGAUUCCGAUUCGCGCAUGUCCUGCGGCAGCGGCUCAGAUGUGGAUAUGGACAACGGCAGCUGCUACGAUGAAUCCGAAACUCCGCUCAGCGAAUCGCUGCAAUCGGAGCAGACGCGCUCCUCGUCCAGCGAGAAUCUGCCCUUCAGCAUAUCGCGGCUGCUCUCCAAGCCCUUCGAGACCAACAACAACAACAACAACAGCAACAGCCACAGCAGCAGCAACAACCACAACAACAACAACAACAGCUCGGAGAAGGAGCUGCAGGAGCAGGAACAGGAUCUGGCCGCAUAUAAGCUGGCCACCAGCAUUGCCAAUUCGACCUAUGGAAGCGCCGCGGCGCUUUACAGCUAUCCGCAUCUGUAUCCGUCGGCGGCGGCAGCGGCCGCUGGCCAUGUGCUGCGUGUGCCGCCGCAGCGGACGCCGCUCACCUGGGCGCUGCCCCCACUGCAUCAUGCGGCGCUGGCCCAUCAGGCGGUCAAGGAUAGGCUGGCAGCUGCCUUUCCCAUCGCCCGGCGCAUUGGACAUCCCUACCAGAAUCGCACGCCUCCGAAGCGAAAAAAGCCGCGCACCUCGUUCACACGCAUCCAGGUGGCGGAGCUGGAGAAGCGUUUCCACAAGCAAAAAUAUCUGGCCUCCGCGGAGCGUGCGGCGCUGGCUCGCGGCCUCAAGAUGACCGAUGCCCAGGUGAAGACGUGGUUCCAGAAUCGACGCACCAAAUGGAGACGUCAGACGGCGGAGGAGCGCGAAGCUGAGCGACAGGCGGCCAAUCGGCUGAUGCUAUCCCUGCAGGCGGAGGCCAUUAGCAAGGGCUUUGCGCCGCCGGCGGCGCCUCUGAGCUCCCAAUCCGGCGUGAAUGGAGCCCCGCUGGCCGCGCUGCACGGACUGCAGCCCUGGGCGGAGGCGUCGCAUGCAGCGGGCUGCUAA